UGUGGCGUCUCGCGCGCGUACUGUAAAUAAGAGAUCUCUCUCUCCCUGGUCUAAACCCCGUCACUGUUUAGGUUUUCUUAUUCGGAUCUUCAAUCGGAUCUUGUACAAUUCAUUCUCGCAAGUGAAAUUAGGGCACGACACAAUGGACAAACUGAAUCGAUUAGAGCCUGAUGAAAACACUCCCGGCGGCCUACAAAUUCCCGGCAAAGACAAGCUCUUGUAUCGACCUCAGCGAAAAUCUCGCCUAGGAUUGGAUGUACUUGCUGAAGCGAAACGUGGUGAAAAGGCGGAUGGUGUUUUCAAGGUUCCGAAAGAUAAGAUGUCGUCUAUUGCAGCGUCUAUGGAUGAAGAAGUUUCUGAGCUUUCUGAGGUUGAUGAUGUAGGGAUUAAUGGUUCGAGCAAAGUUGGUAAUACAAACAGGAAGUAUCGUGAUCACGGUGUUAGUCACACGCCACAUUCAGAAAUUACUUCGAAUGAAGGACAAGAUAGUGAUGCACGUCGGGAACAUCGUUCAAGCGAUCAUGCACGUCAUGAGACACCAGCCACUUCUCAUGGAAGUUCUCAAAGUGAUCGAUAUCAGAAUUCUAGGUAUGAUAGAUAUGAAGCAGCUGAUAAUUCUAGAAAAAGAAGAGACUAUAGAGAGGACUCUAGAAGUGAUAGCAGGUCAUCAAGGAGACAUGAGAGAGGCAGAGAAGUAGACAGUUACAAAGAUGGGUAUUAUCGUCACGAUAGACAGUACAACAAUGAGCUUGAGAGGAAGAGAGGCAGAUAUGAAGGUUCUAGGGGUACUCCAGGGAGAUAUGAUGCUCGGGGUACACCAGACAGAUCUGACUGGGAUAGUGGCAGAUGGGAAUGGGAAGAUACACCAUACAGGGAUAGUCGUCCUGGUAGCAGCAGGAGACAUCAACCUUCACCAGCCCCUAUGUUGCUUGGAGCAUCUCCUGAUGUACGAUUGGUUUCUCCAUGGCUGGGGGGCCACAGUUCUUACUCUUCUGGUGCUGCUUCUCCCUGGGAUAGUGUUGCUCCCUCUCCUGUUCCAAUACGAGCAUCAGGAUCAUCAGUCAAAUCUUCAAACUCAAGAUAUGGUUCAAGGCCCCAAAUACCCUUUUCUGCAGAUAACUCACUGCAGUCCGAGGCUCCAGAAGAUGAUGCUGAUUAUUUCAACAACGAUAACCCGGAAAUUACUGAAAAUAUGCGUUUAGAGAUGGAAUAUAAUGCUGACCGUGCAUGGUAUGAUAGGGAGGAAGGAAAUACAAUGUUUGAUGAAGACAAAUCAUCAUUUUUUCUUGGCGAUGAGGCUACUUUUAAGAAGAAGGAAACAGAGUUGGCCAAGAAGCUGGUUCGGAGAGAUGGUACCAAGAUGUCACUUGCACAGAGCAAGAAGUUGUCACAGCUCACUGCCGAUAAUGCUCAAUGGGAGGAUCGACAACUACUAAGGUCUGGAGCUGUUAGAGGAACUGAGGUGCAGACUGAGUUUGAUAACGAGGAAGAAAGAAAAGUAAUUCUCCUUGUUCAUGAUAUAAAGCCACCUUUUCUGGAUGGAAGGAUUGUUUUCACAAAGCAGGCAGAACCAGUAAUGCCAAUUAAAGAUCCUACGUCUGAUAUGGCUAUAAUAUCACGUAAAGGUUCCACUUUGGUGCGUGAAGUUCAUGAAAAACAAAGUAUGAACAAAUCACGUCAACGUUUUUGGGAGCUUGCUGGAUCAAAACUUGGUGAUAUCCUUGGAGUUGAGAAGACCGCUGAGCAGGUUGACGCAGAUACUGCCGUAGUGGGUGAUGAUGGUGAAGUUGAUUUUAAAGAGGACGCUAAGUUUGCUCAGCAUCUAAAGAAAGACGAGGCGGUGAGUGAUUUUGCAAAGUCAAAGACACUAUCUCAACAGCGUCAGUAUCUUCCCAUAUAUUCUGUAAGGGAUGAAUUAUUGCAGGUAGUUCGAGAAAAUCAGGUGGUUGUGGUAGUUGGAGAAACUGGUUCCGGGAAGACAACACAACUGACCCAGUAUCUGCACGAGGAUGGAUACACCACAAAUGGUAUAGUAGGCUGCACUCAACCAAGGCGUGUGGCAGCAAUGAGUGUUGCCAAAAGAGUUAGCGAAGAGAUGGAAACUGAACUUGGUGAUCUAGUUGGUUAUGCAAUUCGUUUUGAGGAUGUGACUGGGCCAAACACUGUAAUAAAGUAUAUGACUGAUGGUGUGCUUUUGCGUGAGACACUCAAAGAUGCUGAUCUUGACAAAUAUCGUGUCGUUGUAAUGGAUGAAGCGCACGAAAGGUCACUAAACACAGACGUGCUCUUUGGAAUCCUUAAAAACGUUGUUGCAAGACGGCGUGAUUUCAAGCUUAUAGUGACAUCUGCCACUUUAAAUGCUGAAAAAUUCUCACUGUUUUUUGGAAGUGUACCAAUUUUCCAUAUACCAGGAAGAACAUUUCCUGUGCAAACCUUAUAUAGUAAGAGUCCUUGUGAAGAUUACGUGGAAGCUGCAGUGAAGCAGGCCAUGACCAUACACAUAACCAGUGCUCCAGGUGACAUACUCAUUUUUAUGACUGGUCAAGAUGAGAUUGAGGCAGCAUGUUAUGCCCUUUCAGAACGGAUGGAACAGCUUGUCUCUACUACAAAGCAAUCAGUCUCCAAGCUGUUGAUACUUCCUAUAUAUUCUCAGCUUCCUGCUGACCUGCAAGCUAAGAUAUUUCAGAAAGCGGAAGAUGGGGCUCGUAAAUGCAUUGUAGCCACCAACAUUGCAGAGACAUCUUUGACUGUAGAUGGUAUAUUUUAUGUCAUUGACACAGGCUAUGGCAAGAUGAAGGUGUACAACCCACGAAUGGGUAUGGACGCCCUCCAAGUGUUUCCUGUAAGCCGUGCAGCUGCAGAUCAGCGUGCUGGGCGUGCUGGAAGAACUGGGCCUGGUACUUGUUAUCGCCUCUAUACGGAAACUGCAUAUCAAAAUGAACUUCUGCCGAGUCCAGUGCCAGAAAUCCAGAGGACCAACCUUGGAAAUGUUGUUUUGUUGCUCAAGUCUCUCAAAGUAGAUAAUUUACUGGAUUUUGAUUUUAUGGAUCCACCACCCCAAGAUAACAUAUUAAAUUCUAUGUAUCAGUUGUGGGUAUUGGGUGCUCUUGACAAUGUCGGAGGUCUAACUGAUCUUGGGUGGAAAAUGGUUGAGUUUCCUCUAGAUCCACCUCUAGCUAAGAUGCUCCUGAUUGGAGAGAAAUUAGAAUGUCUUAAUGAGGUCCUGACCGUUGUUUCAAUGCUUUCAGUGCCAUCAGUGUUUUUUAGGCCUAAAGAUAGGGCAGAAGAAAGUGAUGCUGCUAGGGAGAAGUUCUUUGUGCCAGAGUCUGACCAUUUAACACUACUCAAUGUUUACCAGCAAUGGAAAAGUAAUUCAUACCGAGGAGAUUGGUGUAAUGAUCAUUAUUUGCAUUCAAAAGGGUUAAAAAAGGCUAGAGAAGUGAGGUCACAACUGCUGGAUAUUCUAAAGACCCUUAAAAUUCCACUGACAUCCUGUGGGCCAGACUGGGACAUUGUGAGAAAGGCAAUCUGUUCUGCAUAUUUCCACAACGCUGCAAGACUUAAAGGAAUCGGGGAAUAUGUUAAUUGCAGGAAUGGAAUGCCUUGCCACUUGCACCCAAGUAGUGCUCUGUAUGGUUUGGGUUACACGCCAGAUUAUGUAGUUUAUCACGAGUUAAUCUUGACCACAAAGGAGUACAUGCAGUGUGCAACAUCAGUAGAGCCUGAGUGGUUGGCUGAGCUGGGUCCAAUGUUUUUCUCAGUCAAGGACUCGGAUACAUCCAUGUUGGAGCACAAAAAGAAACAAAAAGAAUCAAAAUCCGCCAUGGAGGAGCAGAUGGAGAAAAUGAAAAAAGACGAAGCGGAGAAGGAAAGGAGGAGCAAGGAGGAGGAUAAACAGAAAAGAUCAAAGCAGCAGCAGCAAAUUUCCAUGCCAGGUGAACGGAAAGCUGCUUCCUCCUACUCGAAACCAAAGAAAAUGGGCUUGUAAGUCUCUCAAACAUCUUCUUUAGUCGCCAAAUAUUACUGACUGAAGGAUGCAUGGUGGUUUGUUCAAUAUAUGUAUCUCUAAACGACGGACUUCUGGACUUCUGUAUACCUCUUACAUUCAUUAAGUACCAAAUAUUACGACUGAAGGAGACAUGGUGGUUUGUUCUAUAUUUGUAUCUCUAAACAGCGGAUUUUUGUACAUCUUUGAAGAUUUGAGUAAUCUGUAGAUAGAGCAUCUAAAAUAGUUUAAAGUUAAAUACUGUUCAAAAGAUUAGAAACUCUGUAUAUUUUAAUUUAUGCAGGAAGACAAUUUUUUAGAUGAUA